AUGGAUGUGCGUUGUUCCGUAUUCAAACUUUUACUCUUCCUAAUGCUGGUGGUGAGGUGUGGCGCGAAACAUAUAAUAACGCGUCACGUGCAUAGGGUAAACCACUUGGACGAUGACGAAAUCCAAGACAGCAUAAGAAAAACAAUCCAUACGGGUUUAUACUCGCACAAGCAUCUGGACACGUCACAAGUGCAAGUGGCUGUCCCGCUGCGGGUGGCGCAUGAUGGCACGCUGGUCUCCCGUUCGGUGGACCACUCGCACGAACACGGCCACGCGCGGGCGCGUCGCGAUCUCCACCAGCGCGAACACCAGCUCCCACACAUGCUGCACUACAACCUGACCGUCGACGGCCGAGAGCUCAGGCUUGACCUAAGGCCUUCGGUGACGUUCAUGACACCGGCUAUGGUGGUGGAGCGGCACAGUGCUGGUGGGCGCACCCGUCAGAGGCCGCAAGCUGCUGCCACGUCCUGCCACUACACGGGCACAAUUCGAGGCCAACCGGCAUCCAGCAUAGCUCUCUCCGCCUGCGACGGACUGGCAGGCCUUUUACGGACGGAGCACGGAGAGUACUGGAUCGAGCCAUCCAAUCAAGUUCCCACCGACAUUUCUGCUGGCCGACCGCACGUAAUAUUUAAGCGGUCGGCCGUGGACAAAGUCAAAGCAUUUCAGCGAGCGAAGAGAGAAGUCGAUAGCAGAUCUAACUCGAAUCUUUCCCACGCGGGACCUAAUAACGCAAACAAGUACGCAGGUACGAAAAGAAACCGUAGUAGCAAAGAAGCUAUGGACAAGCGCAGACGGGAAUAUCUAGAAGAAAGACGGAAGCGCUUAGAGGCAAUGAGGCUUAAUCCCACUGAAUAUAGGAGGCACCAAGCGAGGCUACGAAUGGAACAAAGACGAAUACAAUCGAAUUCAAGGAGUAAUUCUGUUGAGACAAGUAAUUCAUACGAACUGUCACAGUCGAAAAGCAAGAGCCGUGAAAAGGUCUUAGGAGGACUAAGGCGCAUUAGGAAUAGACGACGGCGGCGCAAGAGAUCGAAAAAUUGUGCAACAAAACAACCUCCGUACCAGUGGAAGACAAAGAACAUUCACGACCAUAACAUAAAUUCGAACGAUUACAAGAAUAUGAACAGUCGCCGAAAUAUGGAAUAUCAUAGAAUGCGGGGAAGACGGGACGGUACGAGACGGUCUACUCGUUCGGUAAGCAGGCCGCGACAUGUCGAAGUGCUGCUGGUUGCUGACAAAUCCAUGACAGAGUUCCACGACCAGGGCAACUUGGAGACCUAUCUCCUGACCAUAAUGAACAUGGUAUCAUCUUUAUACAUGGACCCGUCCAUUGGAAACUACAUCAAAGUUGUCGUCGUUAAAAUCAUAUUAGUCGAGGAAAUGCACGCGGCUCCGGAUCUUGAAGUUUCGACCAACGCUGACACCACUCUAGUAUCGUUCUGCCGUUGGCAGCAGCAAUUGAACCCCGACGACGACAAAAACCCGCAUCAUCACGACGUCGCUAUAUUGGUCACUAGGCAAGACAUCUGCAGCCAACACGAUACUCCUUGUAGCACGCUGGGCGUGGCACACGUGGCAGGGAUGUGCAAGCCGGACCGCAGCUGCUCCGUCAACGAGGACAAUGGCAUCAUGCUGGCCCAUACCAUCACGCAUGAGCUUGGCCACAACUUUGGUUUGUAUCACGAUACGGAGAAGAUCGGCUGCCACCGGCGCGAGGGUUCCACGCUGCACAUCAUGACGCCCAUCUUCGAAGCAGACACCGUCCAAGUCGCUUGGUCGCGAUGCAGCAAGCGUGACGUCACCAACUUCCUCGAUGCUGGCUUAGGUGAGUGCCUUAGCGACACACCAUCGCAACGAGAGUACGUGUAUCCCGAAGUUCCGGCUGGUGUUACAUUUGACGCCGCCACGCAAUGCCACCUGCAAUUCGGCGCCGAGGCAGUGGUGUGUGCGAAACCGACUGAACUGUGCGAGCAUCUGUGGUGCUUGGUCAACAACACUUGCAAAACUAUGUUGCGCCCCGCCGCACCUGGGACGACCUGCGGCGUCGACAUGUGGUGUCAGAACCAGACGUGCGUGGCGCGCAGCCCGUCGCCGGUGCCUCGGGACGGCGGCUGGGGCCCGUGGAGCGAGUGGAGCGAGUGCUCUCGCACGUGCGGCGCCGGGGUGUCCACGCAGUCGCGCGAGUGCAACCAGCCCGAGCCCCUGAACAACGGCAAUUACUGCAUCGGCGACAGGAGUCGGUACAAAGUGUGCAACACGGAUCCGUGCCCUAUCAACGAGCCGACAUUCAGGGAGGUGCAGUGCGCCAAGUACAACAAUAUGACGUACAACAACGACACCAUCACGGAAUGGAUACCCUAUUUCGAUCAAGACAAACCUUGCGAACUGCAGUGCGUGCCGCGCAACCGUAACGAUGUGGAGAUGCUGGGCGGAUUCGUUGCUGACGGCACUCCUUGCAAACAGAAUCUUGGCGCCAGAGACAUGUGUAUAUCAGGGGUCUGCUACAAGGUCGGCUGCGACUGGAUCGUUGACUCCGAGCUGGAGGAGGAUGCGUGCGGCGUUUGCGGCGGGAACGGCUCAGCGUGCAAAACGGUGCUGGGCAUUUACAACAAGGACACUACGAGACAAUCAGGCUUUAGUGAGGUUGCAGUUAUACCGGCUGGGUCGAGGAACGUGAAAAUUCAGGAGAAAGUCAGCCCAGGCAAUUACAUUUCGAUAAGAAGCGCUAAAUCCAGACGAAUGUAUCUUACAGGAGCUCGAAACGCCACUGUAUCGGAGUACUUCGUGGCGGGAGCCCCGGCGAUCUACGAGAGAGAUCGAGACUGGGAGAAAGUGCGAAUCAGCGGACCUCUCGCCGAAGAUAUAAAAGUAUUUCAACGUAUCUUCGGCGGCAAGCACCGCAACCCGGGCGUCACGUACCAGUACACGGUGGACAGGCAGCGGCUGCGGCGGCGCUUCUCGUACCGCGUGUCCGAUUGGUCCGCGUGCUCCGUCACCUGCGGCGACGGCUACAUGCACAGACACUUCGAGUGCGUCGACGACCACAACCGCGUGGUGGAGCAGUCGCAGUGUUACCAUAUCGAGCCGCCGCGGCACGAGGCGCUGAUGCAGCAGUGUGGCGCCGCGGCCUGUGAGCCCCCCCCUCCUCAGCCCGCGCGCACGCACUGGUGGGUCGGUGCCUGGAACCCGUGCUCCACCCCGUGCCACAUGCCGGGCGAGGAGGCCACGAAACAAAGGAGUGUUUACUGCGUUGACAAGUUAACAAACAAUGUCAUACAAGAUUCCUCAUGCGAGAUGGCUAUUAGACCCAUAAGUAUUAUUAAAUGUGCAGAUGUACCGGCUUGC